AUGCCUAUCCUUAAUGGCGACGCUGGCGGUUCAGCCGCUCCAUUACUUGGUGCUGGUCAACCUCCAAUGGACUACACCAAGGCUCUCGAGAUCCUUGAGCAGGACUACGAGGCCAAAGAUGGCCUCAGUGUCUAUGAUCUGCUGGACUCGAAGAAGCACGGUGCUCUAACUUACAAUGACUUCCUCGUUCUGCCGGGCUACAUUGGAUUUGCGGCAUCUGCUGUCACACUCGACUCUCCUGUAACGAAACGUAUCUCUUUGAAAACUCCGCUUUUGUCUUCACCUAUGGACACCGUGACCGAGGACAAGAUGGCUAUACAUAUGGCCCUACUUGGAGGUUUGGGUAUCAUCCAUCACAACUGCUCAGCCGAUGAGCAAGCAGAUAUGGUCAGGAAAGUCAAGAGAUACGAAAACGGGUUCAUCUCAGAUCCUGUCGUGCUUUCUCCAGAUACGACGGUUGGUGAAGCACAAGAGCUGAAGGAGCAAUGGGGUUUUGGCGGUUUCCCAGUCACAGAAACCGGCAAACUCAAAUCGAAACUGAUUGGUAUCAUCACAACUCGAGAUAUCCAGUUUCACCGGAACUCCGCCAGCAAAGUGACCGAGGUCAUGUCCUCCGACUUGGUCACUGCACCACAAGGCACAACUCUCGAGGAAGCCAACGAAGUCCUCAGAAAGUCGAAGAAAGGAAAGCUACCAAUUGUCGACGCUGAAGGCAAUCUAGUCUCCCUCCUUUCUCGAUCCGAUUUGAUGAAGAAUCUACAUUAUCCUCUAGCCUCGAAACUCCCUCACUCCAAACAGCUGAUUGCGGCGGCUGCAAUUGGAACAAGACCAGACGAUAAGAACAGAUUGCAAAAGUUGGUGGAUGCUGGCCUCGAUAUCGUUGUACUUGACAGCAGUCAAGGUAACAGUAUGUUCCAGAUCGAGAUGAUCAAAUUCAUAAAAGCCACAUAUCCUGCUAUCGAUGUUAUUGGCGGAAACGUUGUGACUCGAGAGCAGGCAGCAGCUCUGAUUGCUGCAGGUGUUGAUGGUUUGAGAAUUGGUAUGGGAAGCGGAAGCGCUUGCAUCACGCAGGAAGUCAUGGCGGUCGGACGACCACAGGCUACUGCUGUCUUCAACGUUUCCUCCUUUGCUGCCAAAUUCGGUGUACCAUGCAUUGCCGAUGGUGGUAUUCAAAACGUUGGCCACAUCGUGAAAGGCCUUGCGAUGGGUGCCUCCACCGUCAUGAUGGGUGGUCUGCUCGCAGGCACAACAGAAUCUCCUGGUGAAUACUUUGUCAGCAGUGAAGGCAAGCUCGUCAAAGCCUACCGAGGCAUGGGCUCAAUCGCUGCUAUGGAAGACAAACGAGCAGGUGGUGGCUCAGCCAAGAACGCAAAGGCUGCCAGCGCCGGUACUGCACGCUACUUCUCAGAAACUGCUAGUGUUCUUGUUGCACAAGGUGUAAGUGGUUCAGUGGCCGAUCGUGGUUCUGUUACGAAGUUCGUCCCAUACCUUCUCGCUGGUCUGCAGCACUCAUUGCAAGACAUGGGCGAGACCAGUUUGAAGAAUCUGAGACAGAAUGUUAGGCAAAGCAAGAUUCGCUUCGAGCUAAGAACUGUCAGUGCUAUGGCUGAAGGCAAUGUUCAUGGCCUGCACAGCUACGACAAGAAGCUCUACUCGUGA